GCCCCGCCCCCGGCGCAGGCGCACAGGGGACGGUCGCUGCCCAUGGGGAGCGGGCGCGCUGGCCUAGGUGAGCGGAAGCGUCUCUGCGACGGCGCUGCCUCCCAGAGGCGGUUCCCGUAAAGCCUGCGAGGCCCUGCCGGCCAGCAGGGAAGGAGGCGUGGAUAUGGAGCCGGUGGCUGCCAAGCCCCGGGCCCGCGCCGCUGCCUAGCGCGUCCCGGGGGCUCCGUGGGGCCACGCCUGCCGCCGCGGCUCGGGGACCCGUAGAGCCCCGCGCUGCGCGGAUGGCUCUGCUCCCGCGCCCCGCGCUCAUCCUCCUGCUCCUCACUGCCGCUGUUGUCAGGUGCCAGGAGCAGGCCCAGACCACCGACUGGAGGGCCACCCUGAAGACCAUCCGGAACGGCGUUCACAAGAUAGACACGUACCUGAACGCCGCCUUGGACCUCCUGGGAGGCGAGGACGGUCUCUGCCAGUAUAAAUGCAGUGACGGAUCUAAGCCUUUCCCACGUUAUGGUUAUAAACCCUCCCCACCGAAUGGAUGUGGCUCUCCACUGUUUGGUGUUCAUCUUAACAUUGGUAUCCCUUCCCUGACAAAAUGCUGCAACCAACACGAUAGGUGCUAUGAGACCUGUGGCAAAAGCAAGAAUGACUGCGACGAGGAGUUCCAGUAUUGCCUCUCCAAGAUCUGCCGAGAUGUACAGAAAACACUAGGACUAACUCAGCAUGUUCAGGCCAAAGAACAUACCAUACACCGCAAUCAGAAGAGGCAAGGUGGGAAAGGAAAAUAACAUUUUAAGCACUUAUCAUAAGGUACUGUGCUAGACACUUUAUUCAUGUUUUCAUUUGACACCAACAAAAACCUAAAGAGGUAGGUGGUGUUAUUACCAUUUUUCAAGGAAAGAAACAAAGGUUUAGAAUACAGUAACUUGCCCCAAGUGAGCAUUUAGCCUAUCUGACUUUAAAAUCUGUGUUCUAUUUCACAAUAUUCUCCAAAUAGUCUCACACUGUAACCCUGAUUCUAAUAUCCCAAUAAUUCAUGUCAAGGAAGAAAUCUCUGCUGCAGGUAAUCUUGAAUUCACAGCCCCUGUAUCCCUUUGCAGCUUUUGGCUAAGGUAAGCUGGCUAUGAACUUCUGAAGCAUAGAAUUUCUUGUUUCUGAUUUAAGGAGGAUGUGAAACCAAUUAUCUUGUAACCUCCUAUUUAAUAGUCA